AGCGCGAUCCGCUCGCUCUCUAAAUUUUUCGUAGAGAGAUCUAAAAAAAAAUCCUUUUUGGAAUGCAGAAUUGUUAAAUCUUCGAGGUUUAAACUGGAUUUUUUUCACCUUCUAGUCUGUAGUUUGAAUAGGGUUAGGGCUAAAAUUCCGAACUUUCUCUCCUCGGAGAUGGUACAAUCUCCACUUCAGUGCUUCAAUGGAAACUAGGGUUUUGCGGUUAAUUUUCUGUUAACAGUUUUUUUUUUUCCUGAGAAAGUGACUGAAAAUGUCAGGAUCUGAGACAGGAUUGAUGGCGGCGAACAGAGAAUCAAUGCCAUUUCCGAUGAGUCUCCACCAGCAGCUCAAUCAAGCUCCGCCGCAGCAGCACAAUCAAGCUCCGCCGCAGCAGCACAACCAAGCUCCGCCGCAGCAGCAGCACAAUCAACUUCCGCCGCCGCAGCACAAUCAACUUCCGCCGCCGCAGCAGUCUCAGAACAUGCAAUUGUCCUUCGCCGGCGGCGCCGAUGGAACCGCCGUCUACAAGCCGACGAGCUCGUCGCUGUCACCACCGCCGGGGUACCAACACCACUCAGCCGGCGCCGGGAAUCCUGCCCUGAACAUGAACGUGCCCGUUUCCAUGACCGGAAGUGAGCCUGUGAAGAAGAGGAGAGGUAGGCCGAGGAAAUACGGCCCGGAAAGCGGAAUGUCGCUGGGUUUGAUUCCCGGAGCUUCAUCUUUCUCAGUCGGCCAACCAAGUGGCUCCGGCGUCUCCGGCGUCUCCGGCGUCUCCGGCGGCUCCGGCGGAGGAACCCCGGCUACUGUGAAGAAGAUGAGAGGACGAGCUGCUGGUUCUAGCCAAAGGGACAAGCUUGAUGCUUUAGGCUCGACAGGAGUCGGAUUUACGCCUCAUGUGAUGACCGUGAGGGCUGGAGAGGAUAUCGCAUCGAAGAUAAUGGGGUUCUCUCAAAAUGGGCCACGCACUGUGUGUGUCCUGUCUGCUAAUGGAGCUGUCUCCAACGUGACUCUUCGCCAGUCCGCUACAUCCGGUGGAACUGUUACAUAUGAGGGGAGAUUUGAGAUUCUGUCUUUAACGGGCUCGUUCCUUCUGCUGGAGAACAAUGGUCACAAAAGCAGGAUGGGAGGUCUUAGUGUGACCUUGUCGGCUCCGGAUGGUAAUGUCUUAGGUGGUUGUGUAUCUGGACUUCUGAUUGCAGCAUCACCUGUUCAGAUUGUGGUUGGGAGUUUCAUACCAGACGGGCAGAAAGAAGAAAAACAAGAUGGGGGACAAGUGGAACGAUCGUCACUCACAAUACCGCGUGUGGCCUCAACUCAGGUUGUGAACACUCCGAGUAGCCCGCAAGCUCGAGGCACAAUGAGUGAGCCAUCUGGUGGAGGACAUGAAAGCACUGGAGGACCUUACAACAACACCAACCUCUCCAUGCCCUGGAAGUAGAGCAUUUGUCGUCUUAAGAACCAACAAACCUUUUUAUUAUUAGAAUUGAUGAUUCAUUUCUUGUAGUUUUAGGGUUUUUAGUUGGCUGUCCAGACAAGGAAAAUUUUAAUAUCUUUAACCUGUUUUGUUGUGUUUAUGUGGUUUUUUCAUUUUUAGAACUUUGAGUUGUUCAAAAAUUGGAAUCUCCUGAUUAAUGUAAUCUUUCUUUUAUUUCAAA